AUGGAACGUGAGGGCUCGCUCAGGAGGAUUUCGAGGAGUCUCCACAACCGGUUGAAGCUGGCCGGCGGCUCCUCGUCUAGCUUGACGGACCUCUCGCAAAAGUCCACUUCAGGAGGAGUGGAGAAGGUGGAUGAGUGCGGUCGGGACAGAGGAACCCAGCAGAGAAGAGCGGGCGCCAAUGCCACCUGGAACAGCAUCCACAACGCCGUUAUCUCAGUGUUCCAGCGGAAAGAUUUGGGAGAAAACGAACUCUUCACUCUGAACGAAGGUGUCAGACAGCUGCUGAAGACUGAACUCGGCUCCUUCUUCACCGAGUACCUUCAAAAUCAGCUGCUAACCAAAGGCAUGGUCAUAUUACGAGACAAGAUCCGCUUUUACGAAGGUCAGAAGUUGUUGGAUUCCCUUGCCGACACCUGGGACUUCUUCUUCUGCGAUGUUCUUUCCAUGCUGCAGGCCAUUUUCUGUCCAGUGCAGGGAAAGGAGCCUUCAGUGCGUCAGUUGGCCCUGCUCCACUUCCGUAAUAUCAUCACCCUUAACCUAAAGCUGGACGAAGCUCUGUCACGUCCCCGGGCUCGAGUGCCGCCCUCCAUCGUUCAGAUGCUGCUCAUACUUCAGGGUGUCCACGAGUCCAAAGGCGUUACGGACGACUACUUACGUCUGGAGUGUCUUAUUCGGAAGGUGGUUUCGCCCUACCUUGGGACCCACGGAUUAUAUUCCCAAGAUGGUUCGUCCAAUCAGAACUGUUCUUCCUGUCUUUUAGUUUCAGACUUUCCUUCAUCAGAGAAGCGUCUACGAGUGAAGAACCCUGUGGUCCGAUCCAAGAGUUACAAUGUUCCUAUGCUGACCCCUGUGGUGGAGUACGAUGUGGAUUCAUGUGUGGGACGAGGCGCGGGGAUCCGGCGCCACUCGGUGUCGGAGAUGACUUCCUGCACGGAGGAAAGUGCAUCGGCGGCAGAAUCCAGCAUGGAUCACUCAGGUUCCUCAAAUCAGAACCCUGAGGUUCUGAGGUCUCAGGUGUCUGAGUCAAGAGUUGUAGCCCAGGAUACGAGCUCUGAUCCAAGCCCUUCGUCUAGUCCGGAGAUGAGCAUGGACCGCGUAGUAGAAUCUCUGGACUCGGAACCUGACGGCAUUUUUCUGGAAUUCUCACAAACUCAUUCCGGAGGUCCGACAUGCAGUCACAGUGGACAAAGCGUGGCCUGA